ACAUUUCACAGGAAUGCUUGGUAAACAUUGUUUUGAUCGUUUGUUCUAUUUUCCUGCAUCUACUUGUGCAGAUGGAACUGUGCACAACCUAAAUGAAUACAUUGAGGUAUCCCCUGCUGAUGCGGCCAGAAGUAUUGGAGUUGACUUGAUUGAUGAAGUUUUUACUCAGAAACUAGGUGUGCUGGUGAGUGAAAAUCAAUUGGAGGAAUUCUUUUCCCUCGUGUGA